AGCGCUAGCUGGCUAACACAUGCGGCUGAUUGAAUAAAUACACCAAUUAGCUAAAAUACGUGUUAAGUAUAUGAUAUACUUCUGCCGUGGACACUAUGAUGAUAAAGACAAACUGUACUUUUUUGUUAAAAUAUACGCAGUUAGUUUGAGUGGUUUCAUUCAUCAGGUACCGUUGACUUACCCAGCUGUCACCGUCAGCACCAGUUUAAUGGAGCUUUAGCUUAGCAUGCUAAAUUAGCUAACGCUAACUAACCAGGUUCUGCUGUUGAAUAAACAGAAUAGAAAUAGAAGGUGUCGAGAUACUUACCCUGUGAAAUAUCCUCUUAAAACUGAUGUCUGUUCAGUAAAUCCACUUGCAUUAUUAACGUUAGUUUGACUUUUAGAUUAUCAUUCUUAUUGAAUAAGGUGUAGUUGGCGUACUUUGAGCACGCCUAGUAGCAGUUCUUGUUUUAGUUGUUGAAGCGGCUGAUACGCAGCGCGGGUGGGACUCAGCGCUACCUGGUGACCGGAGGACGAAUUUACUGUUGUAUAAAAUGUCCUAAAUAAGUCAAAAUGAAAAUGAAAAUGAUUCCACUCCAAAUAUAACGCAUGUAGUAUGGUGUUUAGUUUUAUCAUUUAAGUUUUAAAAUUAAGUACAAAUAUGUUUGGAAAAAUACUGCGGGAUGUACGUUGGCGUGACGUAAUCGUCCUUGUUUUCCCAGUUCACUCAUUUACGUUCAAAAGUAAAAAGAAGCUAACAGUAGCAAGUUAGCCAUUUCAGUUUUUUAGCGACACUUUUAGAUUCAACUAACGAUACCUUAUAACGUUUUGUAGAGGAAUGCUAUAGAAUAUAAGCGCUUAACUUAGCCUAUGUUGCUGACUAUAAGUUAACUUUGUUGGUACUUUAUCGUUAGCCUUACUAACUAAAGCCAGCUGGCAUGCCCCUCAAAAGAUGCCCAGUACAAGCUCUAAACAACAUCAAUGAAGGUAACACAAUACGAGGAGUUGCUGAAAUAUUAGUGGAUGUCACUGUUGUUGAUGGACGAAGGAAAAGGACUGUUCCCUUCCAAUGGAAGAGCCUCAGCCUCUUUCCCCUUGUCAAAUGAUACUUCCGCUGAGCUUUGGCAUAGCACUCCAGUUAAAAAUAGAAAUGGUGGUGAUUCGCUGGAUGCCAUCCCACUAUCUGUCGCUAGUAGCUUCAAGAUGGACAGCACAGCAAAACAGUGGGCCAAACAAACAACUCCUAUACCAGCAGACACCCUCUGUCCACCCAGCUCGCAGUACACUGAGUUUCCUGUGAAUGACCCGAGUAGCUGCACCAUCCAGAGGCAGAGGAGGGAGCUCCAGCUGCUGAUGGCGGAGCUGAAGGACAGGGAAAGGGAGCUGAACACUAUGGCUUCCUCCCAUCACAAGCAGCUUCUUGCCUGGGAACAAGACCGGCAGAGGGUGCUAGCCUUAGAGCAGAGGUGUGCCCGUUUUGAUGAUGAGUUGCAGAAGCGUAACGAGGUGAUCAGAAUCCUGACUAAGCGUGUGUGGGUGGUGGAAACCAGGGAGGAGGAGGUCCAGAAGCAGCUCAGCUUAGCCAAACAGCAUCUCUGUGAGCAGCAGAACAUCAGCCAAAAAUAUCAAGACUUUGAGGAGAAGAACCAGAGUCUGAACUCCACGGUCAUGGCUCUGUCUACUCAAGUGGGCUCCCUGCAGGUCAGGGAGGAAGAACUGAGCUCUAUGCUCAAACUCAAGGAGAAAGAUGUGGUUGAGGCCUCUGGUCAUUUGGUCGACCUCACAGCGAGGCUGCGAGAUCUGGAGACUUCGCUAACAGAGAGUCGCUCCCGAGAGAGCAAACUCCAGAGAGACUCUGAGGAAAACAAACGUCGCUACAAAGAGGCCAGGCAUGAGAUCACACACCUUAAAGAGGAUCUGCAGCAGCAGGUUACACAGAGCAGCACUCAGAGGGAGGAGAUCAUCCGCCUGAAACAGGAGCUCCAGCUGCUGCGCAGAGAUCUGGCCUUGUCAGGUGAGGGAGACAGCUGGAGAGACGAGCUGCUGGAACUGGCUCGCUCCAAACAGGAACGCACCAUGUCAGAGCUGCACUGCAUACGACAGGUGUGUGAGAAUCAGCGUAAUGACCUGCAGCUGCUGCAGUUAAACCUGGAGAGUACCCGUGAGAUUCUGAGGGAGAAGAACAGUCAGGGAACACCGGGCAGUCAGGAGGAGUUAAGAUGUCUCUGUGUGGACAGCCGGUCCCCUCCAUCACUCAGAGUGAAGAACUCCAGACUUUUAAAUGACGCCGCCUCUCCACCAGCAGCCAAUCUGCACACCAGGGUGAACAGUGACCUGCAAGACUUCUCAGAACACUCCAUUGAUGGUGAUGAUCCUCUGUCCAGCUGUUCUCUGCAGCAGAUGUUAAAUGAGUCCAAGCAGGUCCACAGCUCUGUUCACAGUAACAGUGUCCCCUCUAUAAGCUGCCGGACCACUGAGCCUCUUUACUCACAUACGAGCCCGGCAUCCCACAACCACCACCAUUACCAAAUCUCCCCGACCUAUAAGGCAACUGAGACUCCACCCAAUCCCUGCCCUCGUCACCACCGGCCAUUUGGAAGGCUUGAUUUUAACUGAAGCACAUAUUAUAUUUGUAUUAAAAACAUCAGUAUUUACCAAAUACUUUAAAAUCAGUGUUACUACAGGAAAAUGUAUGCUAACAGUUAAAGGUUGAACUGUCUCUCAGGGAAAUAAUGAAGGAUUAAAACAAACGUCAUGAAUUUGUAACUUUUAUACCCUUAAUCUUGUUUUAUUUGUUUAACCUUACGUAUAAUUUAAAGGAUAAAUCAUACAUGUGUAUUUUUUAAUCUCUGUUCAGAUUUUUAAAGGCUGCUUUGUGUAAAGUGUGUGAGAUCACAUGGGGAAACCUGUCAUUCAGGGCUGUUGAGUGGUGUGUCCCUGUAUUGUCUUUCCAGUUUCACUGCCUACCUAUUUACCCGAUGACUCAAGAGGAAAUUUCAAUAGCUGUUAAUCGUUUGUCCAUUUUAUAACUUCAUUUUUUAUUAAAGCAAAUAUUUUCAUAUGUAAA